GGGAGGAGUGUUUCCUGCUUUAUAAAGCAUUGGUUUAACUUUUGCUCAUGUUCCGUAUGACAAAGACUUGAGCCCCACAGAGCCUGCAAAAACGGAGCAGUUUAGCGCUUCUGUGACUGCUAGAAAUGAACUUGGUGCACCGCCACAGGCUACAGCUUGUUGGAUUUCUGUUGUCUCUACUGGGAUGGGUUUUAACCGGCACCUGUAACUAUUUACCAGACUGGAAAAAUCUCAACUUAGACUUAAAUGUACUGGAGCUUUGGACCAUGGGACUCUGGCAAACCUGUAUAGUCCAAGACGUAGGAGGAUCACAGUGUAAAGAUUUUGAUUCUUUCCUAGAUUUGCCUCUAGAAUUCAGGAUUUCCAGGAUUUUAGUAUCUACAUCAAAUGGACUAGGACUGCUGAGCCUUGUGAUCUCUAGUCUUGGUUUGGAUUGCCUAAAGGUGGAGGAACCAGAGCAGAAGCUAAAGAAACAGCUCUUACUGCUUGGAGUUAUACUCCUGUGGAUGUCUGCAGUCCUGGCCUUAGUCCCCGUGUCCUGGGUUGCCCACACGAUAAUCCAGGAAUUUUGGGAUGAAGACAUCCCAGAGAUUGUGCCCAGAUGGGAAAUAGGGGAUGCGCUGUUCAGUGGCUGGUUUGGUGGCUUUUUUAUAAUUCUCGGAGGCUCUCUGCUCCUCUCCACAAUCUGCUCCUCAUCUGACCAGCAGUUACCGGAGCACUAUGCCAUGGCAGAUGUGCACGACACCCAUCGACAGCUGGAAACUGCAAGUAGAAGACUUUGAAAAGGGGCUGUAAAAGCCAAGGCCAGUGAAGAGACCACCAGCGGGAACAAGAGAUCAAGGACCUUUCUUGAGGAGAACGCGGCUGAGCAGCUGCGCACCCACCAGGACUCGGACUGGAAAAUGCUGUUGUGUUACCUCAAAUUAAAACACAUGCCCAAGCCAGCGAUGGCGAUCUUCAAAAUCAGUUUAUAACUUAGGAGUUCCUGUCUCCAGUUCCGAAUUCAACCCAGUAGAGUCCCAAACAACGAAACCAACUAAUUCAAAAAGGAUGCUCUCGGAGAAACGCCGAUUUCAGCCCAGUGUCCCUAAGAGGGUGCGUGUGAGAAGGAAUCUUUAUUGGACGUACACAAAGAGGAAGCACUUCAGAGGACACUCGGUGUCUGAAAACUUACUUCUAUGAAGAUUUAAGACCCAAACUUUGAAACGCUGCCUGAUUUCUCACAAAAAUGCACCUGAAUAAGAGAAAACGCUUCUGGUGCGCAGAAUUACCUACUGUUUUCCGAUCUGCCAGUAUGAGCGGGCUUUACGUACUUGCUGUACUUCAGAAGGUGCGGUCGGGAGGGGAGGGAAGGUGCGGAGCCUGUGGAUUUGGCUUCAAGCAGAGUUCCUGCGUGCUAGGAAGCAGCCACUGAUUUUUCAACAUCCCCCACAUCUGCAGUUUCAUUUUUCACUUGAGACUCUCUCACUUUCUCUGGCACUUCCAGCUGCUGCAUUAGUCUGCGCCAUUAUAAUGCCCGCAGGAUCUAAAAAAUAAUCUAUGACAAUGUUCUCUAGGCUGCUGCGUUUUGCCAACCCAAGAGGAAACGCUGACAGCAGAGUACAGCGAUCUCAGGGUUGUUUUGCUCCACAGGGGAAGGCUGCAAUGAUUUUAAGGGUAAAAAUAUUUCUAGAAACUUUGUAAGCUCUCUUCAAAGAGGUGGAGUGGCUGCGAUUGUUCUUCUGACUUUUAGCUUGGAAAGAAGGACUUAAACGCGGUGCCGCAGCCCGCAUAUAUUUUAGGAACGUACAUUAUUACCCUUAUUCCUCGUGGCAGUGCGCGUCACGGUGUUGAUCACUGAUACCAGAGAUAUAAAACAUGACAAUGCUGCCCUGAAAAGAGCCAGCUGAAAUAAGAAAGCACAAAUCCAAAGGAUUUAUAAUAUUAAAUGUUGCGGAGGCGUACUCUAUUCUAGUGGGAAUAGCUUUAAGAGUGGGAGAAGUUUUAAAUUAAAUAAACAAUUAAAAAUUAUCAUUUCUAUCCUGCAUCCAGCAUUAGACGAACUUCUAAAUAAAUGUAGCUGUGCUUUUAUACAAGCAACUGGUUCUAUGGGUUAAAACUUAGAAAGAUCAAAUCCCUGCAAUGCACUCUCAUGGUAAAAACCCACGCAGUUACACCGUGCGAUGUUUCAGCGUUGUGCUGUCUUAUCCCAUUUUGCCCCAGGGUUUUUCAGAGCGCUUGUCAAUGCUCAGCCUAAGCUCCGCUUGUAUUUUAUAGCCAUUUUAGAACUCCGCUCGCUGGAGCCAACAGCAGAUGCCAGGGGAAGAGAGACAGGAAGAGAGAGCGGACAGAACAGGGCGUAAACACAAAGCUGGGAGAACAUACUGGGAAAAAGUUUUGUUUCCUAAACUAUCAGAUGGUCAAGGACUUCUUCAAGUAGGUGAUACCAUUAUGGUUAAUGACCUCGGAUGGAUUUUUUUUCCAUGAAUUUAUCAAACUGCUUUUUGAACCUCUGCAAACUCGCAGCACUCAGUGUUGUGUGGAAAACAUUUUUACAGUUUCUAAAUGUUACGCUGCGUUUGCUUGUAUUUAACCUGCCACCUCUUCAGUUCCCUGCUUCCCGUAUUAUAAAAGCCAAUGAUUAAUUGCUCUCCUCCGCCUCACUCAUGAUUUUACAGCCUUCAGUUAUAUAGUUUUUAUAUUUUUAUAUAAUUUAUAUUACAUAGCUUUCAGUUUUACAGCCGCUCCUAACAUGGAAGCUGUCUCUUCGUGUGACCAUUCCCGUCCACCCUCUGUCGUUUUAUUAUCCACUUUGAGAAGGGGAACCAGAACUGAAUAUUUAAUUUACAGGCAUAACAUCUAUUCAUAUCAUAAAACAAUGAUUUGUUUUGUUCCUACUUCUUUUCUUAGUAAUUCCUGUCUUAUUUGCUUUUUGACAUCUGCUGAUCGCCGUGAUGAUUUUGCUGGUGUUUUUCUUUCUUCUGUCUGGAGCAUCUCAUUCCCAACAUGUAAUUCGGAGCUCAGCUCUGGGUAUGUAAAUAUUAGGAUCACCCCUUCCUUCCUCUACACAAGGCUAUUUACUGACAUUUAGCUUUUAACAAAACAAAACAAACCGUCAAAACCAACAGCUAUUGCUUACGUAUUAGGAGGUCCUCUGCACCUUGCUGAAACUGCUUUCCAUUUUUACUACUCCAUAUAAUUUGGUGUCACCAAAACACUAAUCUCUAUCAACCAUAAAUAGCUGAAAAGUACAAAUUCCUCCUGGAUGUCACGAGCAACCUCCUCUCAUGGAAAACUGAUGGACAUGGACUGACACAGACGGGAAGCGGGGUCCAGAGGGCAUUUACUCCAACCUCCUGUUCAGAGUAGGUGAAGCUGGAGCUGGGUGCUCAGGGUCCUGUCCAGUUAGGUUCUAAAUGUCUCCACCUGUGGAGGCUGGAGGGUUUUUUGGUUUGAUUGGCUUUUUUCCUCCCUUAACAACCGGUAUCGCAAUUUAUAAAAACAACCAACCUCCCCAAAACAAAACAAAAACCCCAUAACAUCCAACUUUUUCAUCUAUCUUGCUGGAAUUUUCCAUGUUCCAACUUGUCACUGUUGGCUCUCGUUCCUUCUAUCCUGUUUCUUGUCUUUCAUCCACACGAGGGCAUCCCAUCUUAUCUUACGGCAGUUUAGAGACAGCGCACAUAUACUUGCAUUGUUUCACAGAUUAUCACACAAAGAAUAGAAUUUGGCUUUCUUUUGCCAAAACGAGAACAUCCUGCACAAGGAAAUAAGCCACAGUGGAAGCACUGCCUUUCCCACCUGCCCCUACCACCACAAGUAACGGUCAUUGCCCCUCUCGACCUGUUACCAAGAUCUUUUGGCUGCAAGUUCUGCGCAGCCUGCCGAUCGACUGCUGCUGAAGGACGAAAAGCACACGCCUGGCUGUGGAAGUACGGCUGGGACGUGAGAAUUUUAAAUGAACUUUUAAGUCGAUGUCUAUAGUCUUUUACUACAUCGACCACAAGUAUUACUCCAAAUAACAGAGAUUCUACUCUGAACUACAAAAGUAUUUAGAGGGCACUAGAAAAAAUACUACCUCAAAUUCUAAGUUUAAAUGCUGUAGUAUUGACUAAUAAAGAAAUAUUGUUUACACUAUGUAGUUCAGAGGUGUAAUUAAUCAAAUGUGAGCUUCUGUAAAAACGUUUAACAUGACAGACCAAAUUCCUUAAUGCAUUUGUAGAAAAAGGUAGGGGCACAUGCAUAUUCAUUCACACAGUAUCUGUA